AUGGCUUCUAAAAAGGAUUAUACUGUCAAAUAUCACGAAGAAAAAAAUACAAAAGAAGACUAUAUGAAUUCUAAAUUGGUUCACAAGAAAGUGACACAAAAUGAAAGCAUCAACAAACAUGUAGUAAAUAAUGAUAGCGUAGACGCGAAAAGGAAACAAGCUAAAAAGAGCGACAAACAUAUAGUAAAUAAUGAUAACGUAGACGCAAAAAGGAAGCAAGCUAAAAAGAGCAACAAACAUGUAGUAAAUAAUGAUAACGUAGACGCGAAAAGGAAACAAGCUAAAAAGAGCAACAAACAUGAUGUAAAGAAUAAGCGUCAAAGAGAAAUGAAAGUGAAUCAUGGCAAAGCGAAACAACAUCAUGAUAGAAAGAAUAUGAACAACAUAGAUGAGAAAUUUCAAAAACUUAAAAAGAGUCAGCAACACGGAUCAGAUAUACAUGAAGAGAUUAAAAAUAAAAAUGAACAAAUGAAAGUAAAUGAAGAAAAUUAUAGCUCUACGAAUUUAUACCGUUAUAUUGCUCUUAUGUAA